CCAUACCACCAAACCACAAAACCGUUUAAACCUAAACCACCUGCUAUAUGAAGCACAAGGACGAAGAAGAAUCAAGGACGAAGCUGUGAACCCUUCUUCCUUCCCUAUUUUCAAGGAUGAUCUGAAACUGCAAGCGAAGAAGGAAGAGAAUAACAAGGAGGAAGAAGAAUCCCCUUCCGGCCCAAAAGCUAUAAGCUUAAAAACAAGAAGGCCUGAACAAUGCCCCUCUAUCUAUGGCAGAGGGCUUGGAGGCACUGCAAGACUAUAUAGAGCCAAAGGAUCCCUUUGUUAUCCAUUAACUCUAGAACUCCAAAAAUUAAGGGCAGGAUCGCUUUCCCCUCCCGUCUCUGUUUUUGUUAAUAGAGCCAUGGAAUUGAUUCAGAAUCUACUGAACUUAGUGAUUCCCCCAAUCACGGUAGUUUUUAUUUUUCUCAUUCUACCUUUUCUCUUCGUUUUCAAGUUCAUCAAUUUUAUAUUCAGAAAUCUAUUCCCUGAGAAAAUGAGGGGAAAAGUAGUACUCAUCACUGGUGCAUCUUCAGGUAUUGGAGAGUAUCUGGCAUAUGAAUAUGCGAAGAAAGGUGCAUAUCUAGUCCUUGUUGCAAGAAGAGAGGACAGCCUUACUACAGUUGCAGAGAGGGCUAGACAUCUUGGUUCCCCUGAUGUGUUAGUUAUUCCUGCAGAUGUGUCGAUAGUUGAUCAAUGCAAGCGAUUCAUUGAUGAAGCUGUGAACCAUUUUGGCCGAUUGGAUCAUCUGGUAUGCAAUGCUGGGAUUGGUAGCUAUUGUGCAUUCGAAGAUAUGCCUGAUGUCACAAAAUUUUUACCUGUGAUGGAUGUGAACUUCUGGGGAUCAAUCUAUCCCACUUAUUUUGCAAUUCCUCAUCUCAAAAAGUGCAGAGGCAAGAUCAUUGUGAAUGCAUCAGUAGCUGGGUGGAUGGUUGCACCAAGAGGAAGUAUAUAUGGAGCAAGCAAAGCUGCAUUAAUACACUUCUAUGAUAAUCUGAGAAUCGAAGUAGCCCCGGAGAUUGCGAUUGUGGUAAUUAGUCCUGGUUUCGUAGAAUCAGAGAUUACCCAAGGCAAACUGCUAACUAAGAAAGGGGAAGUUGAAGUUGAUGGAGGAGUAAAAAAUGUCCUACGAGGAACUGGAAUUCCCUUUGAGAGUGCAGGGGACUGUGCAAAGGCUAUUGUGACUGGCGCAUGCCGUGGAGACAAAUACAUCACAGAGCCAUGGUUGUAUAACAUGCUUUACCUCCUAAGGAUCUUCUGCCCUGAGUUGGUUGAAUGGAUUUCCCGCUUGCAAUACCAUACCAUGCCAAGCCCCACUUGAGACUUGAGGCUUGAGACUUAGAGAGAGAUUGAUGAAACUAUGAGAUGUUAUAUUGGUGCGUUAGGUAAACAGUCGGCAUCUUAGUAUAUCCGAUUGAUGAAACCAUGAGAUGUUAUAUUGGUGUGUUAGGUAAACAGUCGGCAUCUUAGAUCCCGACAGUCAGCAUCUUAGUAUGUCUCGCCAAUUACCUUUUGUAUGGAUCUUUUUGUUAUUGUAUUGUAUAUGAAUUGAGAACUAAAUAUUCAAAGCUCUUGCUAAA